CCUGCUCUCCCUCAUUUGCUUCCAUAGACACAUAGAUCUAGACAGGAGAAUGUCAAAGGAUAUAAUACCUCAGGAAGAGCCCAAAAGGUCCAAGAAGGAUAAAAAGGAUAAAAAGGCCAAAAAGUCUGCCGAUCCUGUCAGCGAGGAGACCAGAGCUGAAAAGAAGGACAAAGAACACAAGAAGAAAAAACAUCAUGAUCCUGAGGAUAUUACUGCUGUUUCAGAGCGUGCUAAGAUGGAUAUAGAUCCUCCAGAAGGACGUGUCAAGAACAAGAAGAAGUCAGUAAAGGCAGUUUCUAACGUUGAGGAGUCUGCGGUUGAGAUUGCUGUUGAUGUGCCAUCUGACCCCAAGGACAAGGAAAAGAAAAGAAAAAUACACACUGAAACCUCAGGUGAUGCAGAUCCAAUUCCAGACGGUGAAAGAACUUCGAAAAAGCUCAAAAAGCGCAAGCAUGAUGGCACGCAAGAGACAGACUCGGCAGACAAACCUAGCCCCUCCAAGAAGCACAAGAAGAAAAAACACGAUCACGAAGCCGACACCCCCUCUGCUAACGCUGCGAUGACUUCUCAACAACCGUUGUUAGCUACCCCAUCCUCACAGCCAUCAACAAAAUCGUGUUCUCCUGCUGAAGCAGAAGCCUUUCUGGAAAAGCACAACAUUACCAUCAGUACCCAGACGAACAGUGAUGCCGUCAUACCUGUAAUAUCGUUCGACCAGCUCAACAUACCGGAUGGCCUACGUGGCGCAUUUACUGGCUUCAAUGAGCCUACUCCAAUACAGGCAUGCACAUGGCCGCCUGCGCUCAAAGGGAAGGACGUAGUGGGAAUUGCGGAGACGGGAAGCGGAAAGACUCUGGCAUUUGGAAUACCUGCUCUCGCACAGCUCAUAGCUUCGCCCCAAAAGCCUAAGAAGAAAGAAACCACAAUCUCUGUACUUGUCGUCGCCCCGACACGUGAGCUUGCGAUCCAGACUCAUGACGCACUCUCUGCGCUGGGCGCACCAUUUGGCAUUGCUAGUGUCGCGGUGUUUGGUGGUGUCCCGAAGGACCCGCAGGUCAAAGCACUGGCAAAUGGAAAUACGGAUGGGAAGAUCACCAGAAUUGUUGUAGGAACGCCCGGGCGCAUAAUCGACUUGGUUAACGAUGGUGUCUGCGAUCUGAGCAGGGUGAAUUAUCUCGUGUUAGAUGAGGCUGAUCGAAUGUUGGAUAAGGGAUUCGAAAAUGAUAUCACGAAAAUCAUUUCGUAUACUAUUCAAGGGGAGGGACGCCAGACCAUGAUGUUCAGUGCAACUUGGCCUGAGGCUGUUCGUCGGUUGGCGAGUUCUUUCCAGCACAAUCCUGUUCGAGUCACAGUUGGAAGUGAUGAUCUCACAGCGAACAGUCGCGUUGAGCAAGUUGUUGAAGUAUUUGAUGACCCUCGUGAAAAAGACAAUCGGCUUCUCAAAUGCCUCAAAGAUUUGUCACAUAAGAAAACGUCACGCAAAGGCUCUGAUGAGGCGCGCAUCCUGAUUUUUGCGCUCUACAAGAAGGAGGCAACGCGUAUCGAGCAAUCGCUGAGGCGCGCAGGUUACGACGUUGGUGCAUUGCAUGGAGACAUGUCACAAACUGCACGCAUGAACGCUCUCGAAAAAUUCAAGACCGGGGAGACGGGUUUACUGGUGGCCACGGAUGUUGCUGCACGGGGGCUGGACAUUCCCAAUGUUGGAGCUGUAAUAAAUUACACCUUUCCGUUGACACUUGAAGAUUACAUCCACCGAAUCGGACGUACGGGUCGUGGUGGGCGCUCCGGUAAAUCUAUUACCUUCUUCACUGGAGAAAACCACGAACGAGCAUUGGCUGGCGAGCUUGCACGUGUGCUUCGGGAAGGCGGUUUCGAUACGCAGGCAGACAAUCUGAAACAGUUCCCGAUGACGAUCAAGAAGAAAGGGCAUGCGGCAUAUGGGGCUUUCUUCCGUGAUGAUAUAACUGCUGCGCCCACGAAGAUAGUGUUUUAGUAGUGCUGGGAAGUGCAACUGCAUGGGAAUGUCCAUCUAGUUUUUUAUAUAAUGCACGGCAACUGUGCAUGUAGCUAUAUGCUUCAGGCUAUGU